AGCUGUACAAUUCAACAGUAACAUUGAGGAUUAAAAACGGACCUAACCUUAAUGCUGUUUUCUUUCUUUCAGAAUUUUAAAGCCACUCAGAACAGGGAUAGAGACAUACUGGAUGGUUUAGAUGACAUGUCCAGCUCACUGAUAGAUGUGACGAAACACCUCUCCAACCUGAAAUACAGAGUCUGGGAGAAAAUAUUGGACAAUGUUGACUACACUUCUGUAACUUUAGACCCAAGCACAGCACACCCAUGCCUCGUCCUAUCUGAUGACCUCACUUCCCUCCACUACUCAAAGCAGCCCAGUUGUUGCCCUGACAACCCAGAGCGCUUCCAUGUGAGCGCAGAGGUGGUAGGCAUGACCUCGCUCGGCUCAGGAAGCCACCAUUGGGUUGUGGAAACGGGAAGUAAUCAAGACUGGCUCUUGGGUGUGGCCUCAUUGUCUGUGUCGAGGAACGCUGAGGUUUCAGCUCGGCCCGAAAAUGGCUUCUGGACUUUGUGCUUCCGGGACGGAGAGCUCAGGGCCAUGAGCUCACCACCCACCCUGCUGACAGUUUCAAGUAAGCCUGAACAGGUCAAAGUUCAUCUGGAUUACAACAAGGGAACAGUAUCCUUUUUUGACCCUGUGGACAACUUGCUCCUGUAUGCCUUUUCACAGACAUUCACAGAGCCUUUAUUACCAUAUUUUUAUACACAGAACAGUCACCCUCUGAGAAUACUGCCAGAGAAGGUACUUAUCACAGUGCUGCAGCAAUAAUGGAGUUUUUUUGUUUUGUUUUUCUGAUCUGCCAAAACAAAAUUCCUGCCAAAAGUCUGCCUUCAUGUUCCAAAAGUCUGAACACCAUUCUGGGGCAUUUAAGCACAAGACAUCUAGCUUUUGGAUCAAACCCAGUAAGAU